AUGUACUACGUUCUCUACCUUGCAAGUCUCUGUCGGCGCCGUCACUGGCCAGAGCCGCUUUACGAAUCCUACGCCAGCGCAACCGGGUACACCUGCAUCGUCCGCGUUAACAAUCGCGAGUACCAAACGGACGUCGUUUGCGCUUCCGAGACCCUUGCUCGUGAAAACGCAGCAAUGCGGGCCUACCUCAUCUGUCGCAACUUCUCCGUCAAUGACGGCAAGUACCCGGCUGGCCACGACCACGGUGGAGUCGCCCAGGGGAUACCUGUGGCCAUUGGCAAGGGGAGAAGAUCCCGCUACCUAGACGAUAUCGACAUGUCGGCCAGCGAGGGGAGCAGGAGCGGAGGAAGCAGCCCUGAAAGCUACGAAGGGGAGCUUAUGGGCCGUGAUCGACGAUCCAUUGGUCCGCACCCCAGGGCGUUUGCUUUCAGUCGUCGCGCCUUGUAG